GGACAGCUUUGAGCAGAGCAUAGGAGACAGACAUCCCACUCGAGCUGGACGGGACGACCCACGCAAAUCAGAAAUAAACUGUUGAGGUAAAAUACCAACGAUGUCUGACGGAGCAAAGCUGCAGUGGAGCCUGCUCCUGCUCCUGGUGGUGGAUCAGAGUUGGUUCAUCACAGGUCAGCUUUAUGAGUAUCACUAUAUUAAAGAUAAAAAGAGCUGGACUGCAGCUCAGGAAUACUGCAGAGACAAGUACACUGAUCUGGCCACCAUCUCCAACAUGACAGACAUGAAGAGACUCAAGGAAUCAGCAAAGAACCAACAAGAUUCUGCCUGGAUUGGUCUGCACAUUCUAAAUAAUGCUAACCUCACCUGGCACUGGUCUCUGCCUGGUCUGGAGUUCAAUGAAAGUGAGACAAACUGGAACAAAAAUGAACCAAACAACGUAGGAGGGAACGAGAAUUGUGGGGGGAUAAGGAAAGACCUGGAGUGGUUAGAUUGGUCCUGUAAUGUGGAGAAGUUUUUCGUCUGCUACGAUGAAGGAGAACCAGAGAGAUUCCAUUUCCAUAAACAACAUAAGACCUGGUCAGAGGCUCAGAGCUACUGCAGAAAGGAGCACACAGACCUGGCCAGUGGACUGGAACAGUUAAAUGACCCACAGCUGAAACGUCAGCUAGGGGAUAAAGGCUAUGGGUUCAUUGGUCUGUUCAGAGACACCUGGAGCUGGUCAGAUGGGAGCAGUUUCUCUUUCAGACACUGGAAAGAUCUGGCCGACAUUACGAUGAGAGAGGACAGAUGUGCCGUGAUGAAGGAGGACGGGGAGUGGGAAACUGACGAUUGCAGUAAAGACAAACCCUUUUUCUGUUACGAUGAUAAGGUGAUCUUGGUCAAACUAAAUCUGACCUGGGAGGAUGCCUUGUACUACUGUAGAGAAAACCACCGUGACCUGGUCUCCAUCACCGACCUCAAUGACCAGAGAUGGGUCCAAGAGAGAGUCAAGAACGCCACCACUGAAUUUGUCUGGACGGGGCUGCGCUACACCUGCACUCUGGAUUUCUGGUUCUGGGUCGGUGGUGAGGUGGUCACGUACCACAACGUGGACUCGGGUGAGAAGGGGGACCGCUGUGACAUGUCUGGAGCCAUGGAGAGAGCUGGAAAACACAAGUGGUUCAAAAUAAAUGACAUGCAGGAGUUUAACUUCCUCUGUUCUGAGUGGUAAACCCACUGUGACCACUGCUGACAUUCAUUUAUUAGUUCUGAUCUUCAGUUGCCUUUUGGGUUUUUCUUGUGUUACUAAAACAUUUAAGACAUUUUUGUGGAAGAAGAUUUAAUUAGUUACAACUUUUCCAGGGUGUUGGGAUCACACGUUCUGUAAAGUUUUGCUUUCAACUCAUGUCUCCUCUUAAACCAGUGAAGUUCCUGAAAAACAUAGUGGAGAUACAUAAAUGUUUGAAGAUUGCUUUCUUAUUGAUCUGGUGAUGGUUAUACUUAUACCUAUAAAGUUAUAUGUAUGUUUUUACUACAGUU